UUUCUGUGUUACCGCUGCCGUCUAAUGUGCAACUGCUUAACAAAAACGAAAGUCAACUCAUUUGCGGAGUUUUCUAUCUCAUCAGGAAGUUCCUGCCCAUUUCCGAUAUGCAGUCCAUGGCGUCUCUUCGUAGAACUUUGGUCUUCCUUGACCUGGAGACCACGGGAUUAGACACCUGGCAGUGUGAUAUCAUCCAGCUGGCGGCCAUCAGCGGAGUUCACACCUUCAACAUUUACAUGAUGCCCCAAGUCGCCAUCGACAGAGGGGCCACGGCGGUCAAUGGCUUUAGCGUCAGCGAUGGCGCCCUCCUGCUGCGCGGUACAGCCAUGCCCACCGCCACUUUGACUGAGGCACUAACCUCCUUCCUUGACUUCCUGCAGUCCUUAGAGCAGCCCGUGCUGCUGGCCGCACACAACGCCAGACGCUUUGACAAACCAGUACUGGACAGAGCGCUACUCGGUUGUUCCCUCGCCAGGCAGUUCCAGCAGCUGGGCUCCAGAUUCUUGGACACCUUACCGCUCAGUAGGGCGCUCCAUCCAGGGUUAGACAGCCAUUCACUUGUGAAUCUGUCGGGCUACUUCCUGCCUAGACACUACAAUGCCCAUGAUGCAUUAGAGGAUGUUAGGGCUCUGCAAGAGCUGUACAAUUGUUGGAAUCCCCGUCAAGAGACUUUGGAUCAGUUUGUGUUCUAGCAGCCAAGACAUGCAAUCGAGCGCUUGUUGUAUUACUUUUACAUUAGGUCAUUUAGCAGACGCUUAUUGUCUUACAAUAAGUACAUUUUUUCAUAAGAAAGUGAAAUAAUGUUUCGCUGUCGGUACAAUAAGGAGAUACCGAAGGAGGAGUUACGACUUACUGAAAACUGCAAAGUUAAUGUUCAAAUCAUGGAUCAUCUCGUUUUAUUUGAUUAUACAGUUUGAUUUUCUUUCUGCUUUGAUUGCUUGUGUUGUUUAAAAAUAUAUAUAUGGUUUUCCCAAUGGUAUAUUUGUCUAUUAAACCAUCUCAUAACCAACUAAUCUUUGUUUAUUCCAU